GGACGUGCGAGAUUGAUGCCGAGAAUACAUCGGGCGUAUGCCGAGACCAAUGCCGAGAUUUCAUAUAAAAAUUUGUCCCACGCAUAUUCCAUUCAAUUAUUGAAACUCGGCAAGAUCUCGGCAUUGGUGGAUUUGCCGAGAUGCCAAGAUUUACGUGCCGAAAUCUUGCCGAGAAUCCCCACUGGGAUUGUAAAAACGGCUAAGUCGGUUUGGAGCUCACAGGUGAAGAAGAGGAAGGAUCAGGACAAGAGAACAGAUCAAAUUUAGUUCGUAGAGACGUUAGAAUAAUGAACUUGUACAGUAUUCCAGUAAUUCAGCAAGAUCUUCGACAUGAAGAGGCAAUAAUCCAGGCGGCAAAUACAUUUGAACUUCUUGAAAAUGUCAUAAAUGAUGUUUUUGCAACAAUCAACAAGCGGAUUGAUAAGAAUAAUGCCCGAGUUGACGAUAUUCAAAGAAGGAUAGCUGUGGCGAAUGCUAAAGUUGAGAGUCUCGUGGGUAUAAAGAAGGCCAUAACAAUCUACUCUCCAGCAAAGUAUCCAGCUGGUGAGAGUGUUCCGGACAUUGAGGUGACAUUCCCAGCACACAAGGAACCUCUGAUACAAUUAAAUGAAGACUAUACAGUUGAGAGCUCCUUGGAUCCCACAAGUCACAAACGUCUUCAGGAUAAAUUGCACUUCUACCAUGUCCGGAAGGUGGAGAAUAGCUCAGGAGUUUCACUUCCGGAAGGUCUGGGAGCACCUCCGGAUAAUAUUGAGUCAAUCAACUCAUUCCUCCUCUUCAAUACAACGGAAAAUCCCUAUGAGCACUACAAGAAGGUAGAUCCACUGAGUGGAACAAUUCGUACAACGUCAUCAUCAACGGCCAUUGAGGAUGAGAGUCAGAAGAUGGAAGCAGCUCCACUUUCCAUCUCCAACCGGAAUGCUCAACCGAAGAAAGUUCCUGAGAAUUUCUUCUAUACGCCCCAAUUUGAUGAAGCACCAGCGCUAGAUGUCCCAGAUGAUUUACCCGAUUUACCAGGGAUUGCUGGGGAUGUGAUGUUCACCGAAGGACUCCCAAAGGUUCCUGUUGCAGUUCCAGCUGCCCAAACUCCUGGUGAGAUUUCCACACUUCUUCCCACGGAUGAUGAAUUGGAUCUACAUGCACCAAUUGUGAGGACUCUGGCUGUUCCAGAAGUGGAAGAUAGGCAUGUCGAUGAAACACCAUCAGCAGCUCCUCCGCCACCACCACCACAACCACUUCCUGAACCCCCAGCGGCAUCUACACCACUCCCCAAGGAUGCAUCCGGAAGUAAAUUACCACCAAUGACAGAUGCAAGGAGUAAUCUAAUGGAGGCAAUUCGGCAGGCAGGUGGGAAGGCAAAACUUCGUGCGGCUGAACAGAAACCUGCUGGGAAGAAGGAAACCUCAGCACCGGCUGCUGGUGACCUCAUGGCGGACCUACAUAACAAGCUAUCAAUGCGACGGAAGGGUAUUUCCGGGGCAAAGGAUCCUUCUGGUGUAAUGGACAAGAUGUCUGCACUCAUUCCUCCACCGCCUAAGCCAACGGCAUCAACAACAGACGCCAGUGAGGAUGAUGACUGGGAAUGAAAAGCUUCGGAGAAUCUGGGAAAAAAUGUCCUCUUGGAGGCUGAAUAUUAAUCUUAAUUCAUUACUUUUGUGAUUAAACUUUGAUAAAAUUUUAUAAAGAAUAUUAAAUAAAUUAACUUGAAGAA